AUGGCUGAGACUAACCAGGAACAAUUAAAUACCUACAAGGCUGUUUCAAUAAUCACUUUGAUUCUUUCCAUUUACGGAGGAUUAAAGUAUUCCGGGGUUCCAGAGGAUUACUUGUCUCAUACUCCUUAUUCAGCAAGUAACAUUUUAUUAUUCAUUUAUUGGGCUGUAUUAUAUCUUUGGCAAAUCUUGUACACUGUACAAAUUUUUUUUCCUGAUGAGUAUCGUUUGCUGAUUGUACAAUUGAUUGGAUGGCAUUUCCCAAUUUUCAAUGUAUUGCAUUAUGUUUGGGCUGAGUUGUUUACUUCUGGACAUUAUUUCUGGAGUGAGGUCAUUGUUAUUGUUAAUUUGUUCAACAUUUUAGGAUUAUAUUUCAGUCACAAGACUUUUACUUUAAGACCAGUUAGUAAUUGGUUAUUAAUUCAUGCUCCCUUAGUUGCUUUGCCAUUUUCAUGGUUGUUGUAUGCACUUUUCUGGAAUGGGGCUGUUUGGUUACAUAUUCACAAGACCUGGGGUAGAAUUGUUGCCAAUGUUUUCAUUUGGGAUUUCUUAUUGGUUCCAGGAUUAUUUUUAUUAAUUUUCAAUGAUUGGGCAAUUGGUUUUAGUACUUCAUAUCUUAUUUUUGCUUUGGCUUUUGGACAAUUGGCAACUAAAGUAUUUGCUUUGCAAUGGAUUUUUGCUUUUGUUAUUGCUGGUAUUUUGGUGGUUUGGAGUGCAGGUUCAAUGAUUGUUGGUGGUGUAAGACAAGCAAAUGGAGAAUCGGCACCAUUAUUGGUUGUUGAAGAAGAAAGAGUUGGUGGUAAUUAG